AUGACAUGGAUUUUAGGAUCUGUUGAUCCUCUGAUUGUCCUAAAUCUGAGGCCGUACAAGACUGCAAGAGAUAAGUGGCAGUAUUUAAAGAAGGUUUACAAUCAGGACCACAUAGCCAGACGCUUUCAGUUGGAAUAUGAGAUCGCCAAUUACACUCAGGGCAACCUCUCUAUACAAGAUUAUUUUUCUGGGUUUCAGAACUUAUGGGGUGAAUUUGCCGACAUUAUUUAUGCUAAGAUACCAGCUGCAUCUCUCUCUGUUGUUCAGGAGGUUCAUGAACAGAGCAAGAGAGAUCGGUUUCCAAUGAAGUUACGGCUGGAAUUUGAGGCAACUCGCUCCAAUUUGAUGAAUCGUGAUCCUCCUCCCUCUUUGGAUGUGUGCUUUGAGGAAUUACUUCGUGAAUAG